AUGUUUGGAUUUGUUCAGAUUUUGGAGUUCAGAUCACAAAAUGGGAAACAUUUUGUUGGAUUAGCGUCAUCUGAAAGUGGGAAAGACUUUCCAGAGGCCUUACCAUCUUUAUCGAUGGACCCCUGCAUGGGUGGAAAUGGAUGUGCUCACAUCUGUCAGAGUGAGCAUGGCGUGGCCAGGAGUGCCUGUCACCCAGGGUACCAGCUGUCUGCAUACAAAAAGGCCUGUGCAGAUGUAAACGAGUGUGCUGAAGGGCUUGCUCCCUGCAGCCAUCGCUGUGUGAACACAGUGGAAUCUUUCACUUGUGCCUGCCACCCUGGUUUUGAGCUGGGAGCUGAUGGAAAACAGUGUUACAGGAUUGAAUUGGAAAUUGUCAAUAGCUGUGAAAAGAAUAAUGGUGGUUGUUCCUGUCACUGUGAACAUGCAGUUGGUGGGCCCUGUUGCUCCUGUAACCAUGGACACCGGCUUGAUUCAGAUGAGAAAACAUGCAUAGACCUUGAUGAAUGUGAGAGUGGAGAAGACUGCUGGGCCCAGCUCUGCAUCAACUAUUUAGGAGGCUGUGAAUGCAGUUGUCAGGAAGGCUUUAGGAUCAGUUCUGAUGCUUGUGGAUGUGAUGAUGUGGAUGACUGUCUGGAUGUCAGUAUCGUCUGUGACCAACUAUGUGUCAACUCUGUGGGAACCUAUGAGUAUACUUGUGAGGAAGGCUGCAGAAUUGGAAGUGAUGGAAAAACUUGCAUCUCUGAUGAUGAGUUGAAGGAAGAAGAAGAGGAAUUAGACAUUGUGAAGUUUCCAGGUCUUCUAUUCAAGAGCCCACCUCAACUGCUUCAUUAUGUGGCCACCUCUCUGCCUGUCACCCAUGAAGAUGAAGAAGAUGAGGAGGAAGAGGGGAAAGGUAUUCGAGGAGAACUGACUGCUUUGCACAGAGUUGACAGGGAAGCCAGGAAGUCUACCGACAGCUGCAAAGAGAGCAAGGAGCUAAGCCCCGUUACAGCAGUAUCAUGCAUGGUGCUGGAGAGUGACGUAGACAGUAUGGGUCCACUAAGAUGGUAUUGCAUUCCGGUCUGUUUAGAUCAUACCUUCGGACACGAUUGCACGUUGAGCUGUGAGGACUGCGUAAAUGGGGGCUGGUGCCAGGAAGGAAAGAGUGGAUGCUCGUUCCCCGCUGGCUGGGGAGACAUUCCUUGCAACGAAACUUGUUCCCUAGAGACCAGUGGGAAAGAGUAUGAUGGCAUCUGUGAUUGUCAGAACGGAGGCACCUGUGAUCCUCUGAGCUGGCAGUGCCAGUGCCCCUCAAGGGUUCAUGGGAAAACCUGUGAAGACGGAUGCCCAAAAGGAUUCUUUGGGAAGAGUUGCAAAAGGAAAUGUAACUGUGCCAACAAUGGCCAUUGCCACAGGGUGUAUGACGCCUGUAUGUGUGAGCCAGGGCGCUAUGGGAGGUUUUGUCAUCUGAACCGUCCCAAGGGAGCCCAUGGAGCUGGCUGCACUUCAGAAUGUCAGUGUGUGGAGGAGGACACCCUGGGAUGCAGCGCCAAAAACGGCAGUUGCACCUGCAGAUCUGGUUACCAAGGCAACAGAUGACAGAAAGCCUGCCCUAAUGGCCUCUGGGGACCAGAUCAUCCGUUCUCCUGUGGACCCUGUGAGAAUGGAGGAACAAACGGGAAGGACUGUAAACAGGUGUGUCAGUGUUCAGCUGAGAAUGAGGAGUGUCACCCCAUCACGGGGAGAUGUACCUGUCUGCCUGGCUACCAUGGAAACCGCUAUCAUCUCCGUUGCCCAAGAGGCACUUACGGUCCUUAUCGCCAAA